AAACAUGCAAGGUGGCCCGGGGUGGAGUCAACAGCAGCUCCAGCCUCACUCAGUCCGUGAGCUCAGCACUCUGAGUUUUCUGCCCUCCAGCUUCAGUCGGCUGCCGGAGAGCUCUUUACCCGAGAACAGUGGAAUGAAAACAGGUGAUUUUUAGGAUUAUUCCCCGGCACAUUUGAUCUCGGAGCAGCGACAGAAGAGCGGAGAACACGGCAGCAUGGGGGCGUACGAAGAGAAGAAGGAAACAUGUGGAACCAUCUGCCUGAAAUACGUCCUGUUCACUUUCAACUUUCUGUUUUGGUUGGCAGGGGGCGUUGUGAUGGCGGUGGGCGUUUGGACCUUGGUUGAGAAGAGCGACUACAUUAGCCUUCUCUCCUCCAAGACCUACGCUGCCUCCGCCUACAUACUGGUCCUGGCUGGAGCCAUCGUCAUGGUAACAGGCGUGCUGGGCUGCUGCGCCACCUUCAAGGAGCAGAGGAGGCUACUGCGAGUGUACUUCGUCCUGCUGCUGUGUAUCUUCCUGUUGGAGAUCCUGGCUGGCGUCCUGGCGUAUAUCUACUACCAGCAGUUGAACGAGGAGCUGAAGCAGAACCUGAGGGAGACCAUGAUCAAGAAGUACGAGCAGAAGAGCUACGAAGACAUCACGAGGGCCGUGGACAAACUGCAGCAGGAGUUCAAGUGCUGUGGGAGCAACAGUUCAGCCGACUGGGCCGCCAGCAUCUGGAUUCGCUCCAGAGAAUCAGAAAACAGGGUGGUGCCUGACAGCUGCUGCAAGAGUCCCACUGAGUCCUGCGGCCGCAGGGACCACCCGUCCAACAUCUACAAGGUGGAGGGCGGCUGCAUCUCUAAACUGGAGAAAUUCAUCCUGGACCAUCUGAAGAUCAUCGGAGCGGUGGGCGUGGGGAUCGCCUGCGUACAGAUCAUAGGCAUGGUGUUUACGUGCUGCCUAUACCGAAGUCUAAAGGCAGAGCCGUACUAAGAGGAGCAGAAGAAGAAGAAAAGCGAGUGUGUGAAGGAGGUAACAUCAUCACCAGACGCCGUACUCAAACAGCCCAUAGGUUCUUUUCUCUUGCCGUGCACAGAGGUGGGGGUGGAGGGUGGGGGGAUUUGGCGAAGGAUCAAAUUGCACAUCAGAGGAUCUCGUUUUGGUAAACAAAGGGUGGAAAAACACUACGAGGUUUUCUUGAAGUAAUUAGGCACUUAAAUUGCAGCCUCAGCUCCGUCUCCGUCGCUGCGAGAGAAACUGAAACUCUGUAGUUUUCUUCCACUCUUGAUUCCCUCAGCGUCGGUUUCUCUCUGUGCGGUUGGACCAGGUGCGACACCGGAGAGCGGCGUGCAGCUUCUCUCUCCCCGCAGAGCGGUUUAACAAGCUCACCUCUGGGUGCCCUCCUGCGUUUUUGUUUCCUCAUUAACCAGCCGCUCGUGCAUUUGAAAUCUUUUCGUUCAAACCGUUUCAAACCUUUGAACUGUUGGUUUUUAUAUUUUGUAAAUGAUGAUUUGAAACUGAGGUGUUUUCUUAUGAUCGAUUAUUAAGUCUUCAUGUUUUCAAUCAAACUUUAAACAACCUGUUAAGAAAGUGCCACUUGAGUAACGCCAGCGUUUUCAGCCUGUAUGAUCCCUCUGUAAAGAUGUUAAUGAAGUGAUUUUGAGCCUGUGUUGACGACACAUGGAAGCAGAGCCACUAAUGUUGCUCAUGAGACGACGCCUCAUGUUUUCUUUGUUUUUUAUACAAGCGGAUUUCUCCACUGAUGCCAAAGUUGCUGACCGUAACGUUUUGUAUCUCUCGCAGCCUUAUUCCCUCGACCUACUGAUGUCUCUCUUUUUUUAGAUUGUUUUUCUUAAAUGAAGAUUUUGUUUACUUUUCAAUAGACCAUGAAUAUUUUAUUGUAUUUAACAGACGUGUGGUAGAAAAUGCUCGUAGCUUCUCACUGUUAUUAAUGAUCUUUUUCCUGUGUGCCUCAAAAACCGACACUAAUAUUAAUCAUCUGCUGUAUUUCUGUCUUUGUGAUGAUCCGGGAAUUAUUAUUUUACCCUUUUUGAAUAAACAUCAAUCAACAACA